AUGCCCGCCAUCUCUACUGCCCAGUGCUAUGCCAACGCCGCGGCUUUCAAGGGCCGCACCGUCGUAAUCACGGGUGCCGGGUCCGGCUUUGGCCGCGCUACGGCCAUCGACUUUGCCAAGAACGGGGCACGCGUCGUCCUCGGCGAUGUUGACGCGAAGGGGAUGGGCGAGACAGUUGCCCAGAUCGAGCGCGUUCACGGCAGCAACGCGGUUGUAUCGCGCCACUGCGACGUCACGAGCUGGGAUGACCAGGUUGCGCUUUUCGCGGCGGGCGCCAAGGCGUUCGGUAGCAUCGACAUUGUCCUCCCCAACGCAGGCAUCAACGAGAUUGGCCGCUUCGACCCCCGUGAAGACGGCGACGCGACCAAGCUCACCAAGCCAAACCUCAAGACGCUCGACGUCGACCUCACAGGCGUGCUCUACACAACGCGCAUUGCGCUGUGGUACUUUAUCAACGACAAGCGUUCAGACCCUGGGCUGCGCGCGAUCAUCUUCACCGGUUCCAUGUCGACGUUCUACGGCUCCGAGGGUGUCAUGUACGGCGCAGCCAAGGCGGGCAUCCUCGGCAUCCAGAAGGGCAUUGACAAGGUCUGCCGCGAGCUCAACGUCCGUGUUGGCACCAUCUGCCCCUACUUCUCGAAGACAGCCAUCCUCACCUCUGACUUUGUGCACCCCGUUCCGAAGCUCGGGUACGCCAAGGUCGAGGACGUCGUCGCCGCUUUCGUAGCGGCCAUCACUGAUACGGACCCCAAGACCAACUUUGGUUGCUACCUCAUCCCAGACCAGUGGGGCGUGUACCGCAUGAACUCGCAGGGGCAGUUCGUCGGUGCUGAGGGGGCGCGUCGCAGCAGAGAGGAGAUGAAGGCGCUGAUGAGCAAGGGCAAGCUCUAG